CGCCGAGGGGUUGUUGGCCAAGAUGGCGCUGGCGGCUGCGGUGGCCAAAAUUUGGGGGCCGAGUCGGGGCUUGCGCCAGGCUGGCCUCCUGCUGCUGCGGUGGUCUGGGGCUCGGGGGCUGGCUAGAUCUGUUGAUGCUGUUAACAGUGAGUAAGCUCACGCUGCAGAAAUCUAGCUGGAAGCCUCUGUUUCGAGGGAGAGAAGAGGCUGGCUGCAGAAUAGCUAUGAAUUAAAAUUUCACAGCACCCCCAGAGGCAAGAGCAGCACUUUUCAUCCCUGGAUGACAAGCCCCAGUUCCCGGGGGCCUCAGCAGAGUUUAUAGACAAGCUAGAAUUCAUCCAGCCCAAUGUCAUCUCUGGAAUCCCCAUCUACCGUGUCAUGGACCGGCAGGGCCAGAUCGUCAACCCCAGCGAGGAUCCGCACCUGCCCCAGGAGAAGGUUCUCAAGUUGUACAAGACCAUGACACUGCUCAACACCAUGGACCGCAUCCUGUAUGAGUCCCAGCGCCAGGGCCGGAUCUCCUUCUACAUGACCAACUACGGCGAGGAGGGGACACACGUGGGCAGCGCGGCAGCCCUGGACAGCACAGACCUGGUGUUUGGCCAGUACCGGGAGGCAGACACUCCUUUAGCUGAUACACAGAAGUGCUGCCACCUCACUUUCUCAGCAUCAGCCUUGAAUGGUGUGCUGAUGUAUCGGGACUACCCGCUGGAGCUGUUCAUGGCCCAGUGCUACAGCAACGCGAGCGACCUGGGCAAGGGGCGCCAGAUGCCCGUCCACUAUGGCUGCAGGGAGCGCCACUUUGUCACCAUCUCCUCUCCGCUGGCCACGCAGAUCCCGCAGGCGGUGGGGGCAGCCUAUGCGGCCAAGCGGGCCGAUGCCAACAGGGUGGUCAUCUGUUACUUCGGUGAGGGGGCAGCCAGCGAGGGGGACGCCCACGCCGGCUUCAACUUCGCCGCCACCCUUGAGUGCCCCAUCAUCUUCUUCUGCCGGAACAAUGGCUACGCCAUCUCCACGCCCACCUCGGAGCAGUACCGCGGGGAUGGCAUCGCGGCUCGAGGCCCUGGGUACGGCAUCAUGUCAAUCCGAGUGGACGGCAACGAUGUGUUUGCCGUGUACAACGCCACCAAGGAGGCCCGGCGGCGGGCCGUUGCAGAGAACCAGCCCUUCCUCAUUGAGGCCAUGACCUACAGGAUUGGGCACCACAGCACCAGCGACGACAGCUCGGCCUACCGCUCGGUGGACGAGGUCAGCUACUGGGACAGGCAGGACCACCCCAUCUCCCGGCUGAGGCACUAUCUGCAGGGCCGCGGCUGGUGGGACGACGAGCGGGAGAAGGCUUGGAGGAAGCAGUCCCGCAGGAAGGUGAUGGAGGCCUUUGAGCAGGCGGAGCGGAAGCCAAAGCCCAGCCCCAGCCUGCUCUUCUCAGACGUGUAUCAGGAGAUGCCUGCCCAGCUCCGCAAGCAGCAGGAGUCCCUGGCCCGUCACCUCCAGACCUACGGCGAGCACUACCCCCUGGACCACUUUGAGAAGUGAGGCCUGCUCACCCCACACUGCUCAGACAGGCAGCCCCACUCUGGGGGCUGGAGGGAGCUGGCAGACACCACGCCCCUCCGCACCCAGCUCCUGCCAGCACCCUCAGGCCAGGCUAUCCUCCCCAUCCUUUUUCUCUAGGCUGUUAUAUCGGGCGCUCUGGGGGCCCCCUCUUCACCUGUUGUCACAGCGCCUUCCCCCAGGGCUGGGCAAGGGCUCCUGUGGGACUAGAGACCCCUCUGGGCUGGGGGUGGACAGGCAGUCAGCGUGUGGAACCUACUCCCAGGGAGAGGUGCUCAGCAGGUAGUGAAUAAACUGUCUCUGCCUUUAGCUCAA